AGGAAUUCAUGUAGUGAUAGUAAUGGCAAGGUUUCUACCUUAGUAUGCUCGUGUUUUGGACAAUUUUUGGCCGUUCUCGGCCUUUAUUGUUUUAAUCGUAGCUGUCACGGAGAAAAGGGUGUCAUUCACUUCGUAUCCAUAGUGCAGUUUUGACAUUUAUAAACCAACUGGGGAACCUACACCAUAAGCCUUGCGAAUAACGUUAAGAUGCCGUCUACUUCGGUGGAGGGAUCAUCUGAAGAAGGUGACCUGUUUACUGUGAAACAUGAGCUGAAAACCACCAACUUGACGGGCCAUGUGGAGAGAGUCGGCAUCGAGAACUUUGAGCUGCUGAAGGUGUUGGGUACUGGAGCGUAUGGCAAGGUGUUCCUGGUGCGCAAGGUGAGCGGGCACGACGCGGGCAAGCUGUACGCCAUGAAGGUCCUGAAGAAGGCCACCAUCAUCCAGAAGGCCAAGACUGCCGAGCACACGCGCACCGAGCGGCACGUCCUGGAGCACAUACGCCAGUCGCCAUUCCUCGUCACCCUGCACUACGCCUUCCAGACAGACACCAAGCUACACCUUAUAUUAGACUAUGUGAAUGGAGGGGAGCUCUUCACUCACCUGGUGCAGCGGGUCCACUUUAAGGAGCAGGAGGUGGCGCUCUACAGUGGGGAGAUCGUGCUGGCCCUCGAACAUCUACACAAGCUGGGGAUCGUCUACAGAGACCUGAAGCUGGAGAACAUCUUGUUGGACUGUAACGGACACAUCGUACUCACAGACUUCGGCCUCAGCAAAGAGUUUCACGAAGUGGAGCGAGCAUACUCUGUGUGCGGCACCAUUGAGUACAUGGCCCCCGAGAUCGUGGAGGGAGGAGAGGCGGGUCACGACAAGGCGGUAGACUGGUGGAGUUUGGGUGUGUUAAUGUACGAGCUGCUGACGGGGGGCUCUCCCUUCACUGUGGACGGAGACGAGAACUCACAUUCGGACAUCGCCAAGCGUAUCCUGAAGAAGGAGCCCCCGUUCCCCAAGGACAUGAGUCCCCUGGCCAAAGACCUCAUCCAGCGGUUCCUCAUCAAGGACCCCAAGAAGAGACUGGGCUCCGGACCCUCAGGCGCCCAGGCCGUCAAGAGCCACCCCUUCUACCAGAAACUGAACUGGGAGGACCUGGCAGCCAAGAAGGUGGCGGCCCCCUUCAAGCCGGUGAUCCGUGACGCGCUGGAUGUCAGCAACUUUGCAGAGGAGUUCACGGAGAUGGACCCCACCUACUCUCCCGCCGCCCUGCCACAGAACUGCGACCGCAUCUUCCAGGGCUACUCGUUCAUGGCUCCCUCCAUCCUGUUCAAGAGGAACGUGGUGAUGGACGACCCCAUCCAGCUGUGUGGUGGAGCAGACAGGCCCGGCUCCGCAGCGGUGGCACGCAGCGCCAUGAUGAAGGACUCGCCGUUCUACCUGAACUAUGAGGUGGACCUGAAGGAGGCGGCGCUGGGGGAGGGUAGCUUCUCCAUCUGCAGGCAGUGCAUACACAAGAAGACACGCCAGUCCUACGCCGUCAAGAUCGUCAGCAAGAGGAUGGAGGCUCAGACGCAGAAGGAGAUUGCGGCCCUGAAGUUGUGUGAUGGCCAUCCAAACAUAGUCAAGCUGCACGAGAUUUACCACGACCAGCUGCAUACGUACCUGGUGCUGGAGCACCUGCGUGGUGGUGAGCUGCUGGAGCGCAUCCGAAGGAAGCAGCACUUCAGUGAGACGGAGGCCAGCCGCAUCAUGAGGCGCCUGGUGUCGGCCGUCAGCCACAUGCAUGACGUAGGGGUGGUGCACCGGGACCUCAAACCAGAGAACUUGCUGUUCACAGAUGACGGCGAGCAUUCUGAGAUCAAGGUGAUCGACUUUGGCUUUGCGCGGCUCAAGCCGCCAGAUAACCAGCUGCUGAAGACGCCAUGCUUCACGCUGCAGUACGCCGCCCCAGAGAUCCUCACCUACGACGGCUACGACGAGUCCUGUGACCUCUGGAGCCUAGGGGUCAUCCUGUACACCAUGCUGUCUGGCCAAGUGCCCUUCCAGUGUCAGGGGAAGAGUCUGACCCACACCAGUGCCGAGGAGAUCAUGAGGAAGAUCAAGAAGGGGGACUUCUCGUUUGAAGGGGAGGCCUGGAAGAGUGUCUCUCUGCAGGCUAAGGACCUCAUCCAGGAGCUUUUGACGGUAGACCCAAACAAGCGGAUAAAGAUGUGUGGUCUGCGGUACAAUGCCUGGCUGCAGGACGACAGCCAGCUCUCCUCCAACCCCCUCAUGACGCCCGACAUCCUGGGCUCCUCCACCGCCACCGUGCACACCUGCGUCAAAGCCACCUUCAGUGCCUUCAACAAGGUGAAGCGGCAGGGCUUCCGGCUGCAGACGGUGGACAAGGCGCCCCUGGCCAAGCGGCGCAAGAUGAAGAAGACCAGCACCAGCACGGACACGCGCAGCAGCUCCAGCGAGAGCACCCACUCCUCCUCCUCCUCCUCCCAGUCUCAGGACAAGAACUCGGGGGACGGCCAGCCUGGCCCCGGUGAGGCUAACCCUCGGCCCUCCACCAGCACGCUCUGGGAGGAGGAGAAGGCAGAGAGGGAGGCCGAGGUGGAGGAGGAGGAAGAAGAAGAUGAGGAAGGAGAGGGACACGGAGAGGAAGCUUCUGGAACUCAGCCACACUCACCGCCUCUUUGAGCUCUUUUUGGUCUUCCAUCGUGGGUUCAGCCAACUCUAAAGCAGCAGGGCUUCUAUUGUCCCUUCCCCCCCUUUCCUCUUGAGACAGGAAGAGGGGGCGUGUCCCGGAGCACACACAGGCCCCUCCCACCUUUUUUGUAGAAACCUCUACUGUCUGCAUGCUCUAUCGCUGUUCGCCAGCAUGCAUGAACAUGCACACACCUCCCUGCAAAAAAAAGACAAGAAAAAAAGGAAACAAAAACCCAAAAAAAAAUAUCACAGAAAUGCAAAACCAAAAAUAAACAAUAGCAAAACACUGAGUAAGCCUACUACAGUACAUGCAUGCCAGAAGCUGGGAGUCACCAAUGCUUCGUUCAUCUUUAGCAAUAGGCUCGCGUUCCACUGCUGGGCCUGAAUGGAUGUGAGCAGCAGGGUGUAUCUACCAGGUACCAAAGUGGGCCUGGCGCCCUUGUCCACAGACUGGUUCCCUCAUGUAGAAACAUCAUAUCUGAUCGUUGGCCACUCAGAGGGUUGAGCAAAGGUGGUGACAACGUCAGUAACUCUGAAGUUUAUUUUCUGGUUUCAGAUCAUUAUGUUGUCAAUCAAGAGAGACAAGCCCAAUCAGAGUGUGUGUUCCCAGUACGUCCGUCCUGCAAGCAGUGGAGUUUUUUUCCCAAAGCAGCAAAGCUGAGACAUCCAGGUACUAUGAACAUGCCCACACAUCCAUGCUUACAUGGCGUUAUGCAGCACAUCAUUUGGCCAACAAGGCGGGAUAGGCCAAUUCAUGUCCAAUUCAAGGUCUUUCAAAUUGCCUCUGCACGCAAUAGGAUGGCGCUACUUCAACCGAUCAGGGCAACAAACCUGGUACCUACCAUAAGUGUACAUCAUUGCACGGUCAUAUCUGUCACCAUUUUAAUCGAGAUUGGCAAUAUGCUUAUUGAACUUCAGUAGUGUGUUGCCAGGCUAAAUGGGCAAUGCUACGGUACGUCUAGAGUUGUAGGCUAGCGCCAGGCCGCCUAGCGUCAGGCCAGCCAGCGCACUGCCGCAGUAGCCAUUCAGCCCAGCGGUGGACAUAGUAAGGGCGAAUCAGAACAGGCCAAAUCACUGCAAGCAUGGCCUAUCAGGGAAUGUGUUUGUGGUUACGUACAGUACAUGUGUAUGUGUACUUGUGUCUUCGCUCAGUGGCACAUUUUUUAAAAGAAUUGUCAACGUACUUGGCAAAUUACAGGGUGUCUGUCAUCAAAGCGCUGUUGUUCACAUCAAAUGCCAGACUGCAUGAAACGAGGUGUGUAGAUUUCUACAACAUACACCUACACAAACACAAGGUCAGCAGAUCGAAGGGGAAAAUAUGUCCGUUUGGAGAUGACAAAACAAGAAACGUAAAGAGAAGCAGAUUGAUGUCUCUUGUGCUCGUUUGCACUGUGGCUGUCCAAGAAAACCAUAUACAGAGAGCAAAACAGCAGAGUAUUUAUUUAAUGAUUUGUAUAUGGAAAGUUUUUUUGUUACAUCAUAAGUACUGUGUUAACUUAUUCCUGUAGUUAUACUUGGCAUAUCUGCUCAUCGUGAGAGAUCUCUUUUCUUUUUUUCUUUUUUUUUUAAAUAAGAAUAAUGUUUUAGAUCGUGCUCUAUGUGUGCCAUAAUAUUUAUAAUGUAGACUACCUGUUCAGACACAUCAGUAAGUUACAACUUUUCGACAAAAAAAGAGAAAGAAAACCUAUUUCAGCGUAGGGAUUUUAAUGUUUUAGAAAACGUAUGCGAGUAAGUCGUUAUUUUAUAAUGUCAAUGUUCUAGUGAUGUCAGCCAUAGUGAAAUUAUGUGGCCCUUUUGAGGCUUCUUUUUUUUUUUUUUUUCGAGUUGAUUUCUUCUAUGCAGAAUGCAAUCUAUGCCCUUGAAUUUCACAUCAGAAUUGCAAUCACAAAGAUCUGUCUAGAGUGAAAAUGUUAAAAGAAAUGAAUUUGACAUGUGAUGUACUGUAUGCCUGUUGACAUUACAGAAUUGCCGCUAGAAGCAGCAGCAACAACCCUUUUUACAUAACGGGAAUGUACGUCCUUGGCCCAUAUUUCUGUGGUGGUGAUGGUGGUGGCGGUAGUUGUUGGUUGCUUUAUGGGAUAUUAUGGAUGCAUGUAAAUGGUAAUGUAAUAGUAAUGGUAGAUGCAGCCCCUUCCCCCAAUGGAGUUAUAUGAUCCAGAAAACCCUCUCUUCCAUGGAACUUCAAACUCCCUCACCUAGACACUGUUGGGAGAGGAGUGAGGUAGCCUUUUACUGCAUAUUGACUGAUGGCGCAUUCAGACCAACUGAGAAACGUGCCGGUGCCCCUUCCCGCACCUAAUCGCGAACCAGCCGGCGUGUUCACGCCACAGAUCUUAGCGUUCGGAAAAAUACUUGUUUUUUCUCUGCAAACCGUGACAACGAUGUGGGUCAGCAGGUUCAUCCAGGUGACACGUCACAUGUGCAAAAGUUCAGAGCCCUGUAUGAACGUGGGUGGUUCACAAGUAAGCACUUUAGUGCCGAACAUAUCUGGUGUGGGUGCGGGCACGGGCACCGCUCUGGUCAGCCUGAAAACGGCAUGAGAGCACUGGUUCAGCUGAUGUGUAGUACUGCACCUGUAGGACUGGCCAGCUUUGCCCAUCACGUGCAUAUUGGAACUGGUCUGGUAGUGGUUCUGUGUGGCACUGUGCCACUUCAUCAGGUCAGCAGCCUGUAGCCAGGUGCAGUUAGCAGCAAUGUGUUUCAAUCUGAAAUUUGUCAAGGGCUGUUUAUGGUAGCAGUUAAGGAGUUCUGUUUUGUAGAAUUCUUGCACACCUCCUUUGGCCAGGUGCGUAGGAGUGGAACACCCGGGUUACCAACGUUGGAGAUAAGAAAGCUUCCGCACACUGUUUACUUGCAGACACUGCAAAUGUGAACAGUAAGCGGGAGCUUUCUUGUGUCUAGCAGUUAAGGAGUUGAACUGGCAUCAGCUGGGGUCACACGGACUGGUGACUGGUGGAAGGCGCUUGACUAAGGUCCUCUGAAUACGGUACGAUCAUCGCCACACGCUUUGUCAUGGCUGCUCCCCUGUUCAUGUUUAAUGGGGAUCAGGGCCACUGGCAGCUUUUGGGCGGGCCAGGACAAAGUCAUCUGAGGGGGCCCCGCCACCCAAUAGAUACAAUAAUGACGACCGUAUUCUGUGACCCCUUUUCCAUGGGCCCAGGACAGCUCACCCCUUUAUCUGUGCUCCUGAUUGAUGGGCUUAAAUCGAAAGGUUAGAUAACAUUGUGUGCUCACUGUGUGGCAUGCGUGAUCAGAAAUCGCCAGUGGAAAUAGCUUCCACUUUGUGUCUCUGCUUCGUGAGUUUCUCUCAGGCUUGCCUGCUUGUCUUGUGAUGCACAGAAAUGCAUGGUGGGCGCUUUUCCAUUGUUAUCUGGGCUCUCUUUCUCUGGCUCACACUGGCUGCCCACCCACCCGGAGUCACUUGCACUGCUCCAUCUCUCUCUCUCUCCCUCCUCUCCUCUCCUCCUCUGCGAGGGUAAGAAUAGAACAGAGAGAGAGAGAGAGUGAGAGUUGGAUGAGAGCUGGAGAGGGCCAGUGUGUCCUACACUGAUCCUUCCCUCCAGGGAAAGCCAAGCUUUUGUUUAUUGCUCUUGUGUGUGUGUGUGUGCGUGCGUGCGUGCGUGCAGAAUUUUUGUCACUGUGUGUGUGUGUGUGACAGAGUGCGCGCUCCACUCAAAAAAACAAGGUUAGAAAAACAAGACCGAACAUAGUUGGGGAAUAUUUCCACUCAUUAACAUGCGUCUAGUGUGUCCUUAUCCCUGGCCAUCACAUCAUGCGUAACCGUGUGCCCUUUUUGUUUACAAGGCCGACAUCAAAGCAGCGCCACAGUUUUGGCCUGACCGUGGGUUACCUUGCUCCGAUGCAGUGCCCUUAACUUCCUCUAGCCGAGCCGAGCACAGGAAGGCGACGAGCCCCCAGGCUCUUCAGUCAUCCGUGAUGAUGUUUGUAUUUUUUUUUGUCUAGAAUUAUGCAACUGACCCUUUUCCUAGAACUAGGCUUGUUAUUCUGCCUUGUCUGCUUGGGUGUUCCGCAAAUCAUUUCAUGUGUGUAGUGUAGGUGUGUGUGUGGGUCUCUGUCAUGUGGUGGUGUCUUUCUUCAUCCAGACUUCUGAUAUGCACCCCUGGUCAGUGUAAAUAAGUGACUUAUGGAAGUCAUUUUUUGCCCUUAUUGGCCAUAUCAUCUUUGUCAGAAAGUCAGUGUUGAUUUUGGCUAGUCUUUGGCUAGUCAGCAUUUUCCUCCUCCCAAAGCUCUGGACUGUACAGAUGAUGAUGUGCUUCAAAGGCCGUAGGUCUCCCCAUUCUUUAGAGCGGGGUGGGGAGCCUAUGUCUCGAGGGCCUUUUACAGGCCUUGAGGCUGUCUUAACCAGCCCCCAACAUACUUUUAACGUUAUACAGUUUCAAAUGGAUUAUGACAAAGAGAUCUUGGAAAUUACAUUAAUAAUACAAUUCAGUUAUAUUUUCAGGGCACCUAGUGAAGGUUGGGUUUCUUGAAAAGGUGCCCACCUUCAAUAUGUAGACCUAAAGUGCAGAGGGAAAUCCUGGUUUGUGUUCAUAGUAUGGCCCUUGGAGGACUUUAACAUUUGAAGCGGCCCCUCAACCACCCCUGCUCUAGAGUCUCCAUAUGAAGACAUUGUGGCUCAUGGGGAGUGUGCGAAACUCGGGUAUUGAUUAAGUGAGUCUGAUAUCUUUUCAGACUUCUUGCCAUUAAUAAUGAAACCUAUUUGAUGCCUGGGGUAUUUUGGUUGGCUGCUCACUGGAGGCUUCUCGGGUCACAUCAGUGAUCAGUCGAUGGUUUACAGCGAGGAGCACUGCUCAGCUUGUCCUCUCAAACAGUUGUGUGUGUGUGUUUUUUGUUUUUUAAAGACAGCUCUUGUUUUAUGCAGUGCAUAUAUUUAUGUCUGCUUACUUGUGUGUUUGUGUUGUGCUACUACAGCUGGGUGCUUUCCGAUGUGUGUGCGCAGCAGAAGCCUGUCUGGAGUCUGUUGGGGGAGGAGGCGGGGGGGAGUGUGACCCGGCAAGCAAGCAUGUUUGGAGCCCACGACUGGGUGCACUUGAGGGCACGACACAAGCAAAUAACUCCAAUAAACAAAAGGAAAAUGGAACCCACUGAACCUCGCAUGGAACUAGGCGAUGCACACAGCUUUAAUCUUUACUUACACUUGACUUGCGCUCCAAGCAUGCUGCCCCCUGUAUACACCAAUAGCCAUCACACACACACACACACACACACACACACACACACACACACACACACACACACACACACACACACACACACCUCCCUUAACCUUGUUUUGACUUUGUUUACCGGUUGUAUUUUUCCCACCACUGUGAAGCCCCCGUGGUAAAAAGCCAAAGGCGGUUUGUGGUCAUCUGCGUGCUCAGCAGGUGGUGAGAGAAGUGUGUGCGUGUCUGCUGUGAAGUGCAUGACCAUAGAGUAGUACACAUCGGUGGCAUGAUGGAUUAGGUCGUUAUUUGUUACUGUCAUCAAAUGCAAUUUAGAUGCAUUGAAAGUCCAGGUAGAGAAUAAGAGAAGGCCUUUGACUGUAUUGUUUCUGAAACUUUUUUAUGGGUUGGGUUGUCUUUACCCAACUUUGGGUUGCCAUACUGUACUGUAUGUUCUCAAAAGGGUCAUGAAUCGGAUGAUUGUGUAUAAUGGUAUCACAACUGGCUUGGUAUCUCAAAUUGUGGUUGUCAAAGCAAAAAAGGAGAAAAAACAAGGUUGAGCUUGAUCACUGAGAUGCAUUGGCAUUCUACUUCAAAGGACAAGGAGACCUUUCAGUCGUAGUAUUUCUAUCUGUUGCCACUCGUUCAAGUUGGAAUGCCUUCUGGAAAGGUUGCUGGUUGUGAUAUGAUGCAGAUUAUUCACAAUGAUUUCUGAUAUCGUGAUCUCAGCUCACCAGGUCAAAGUGUGGUUCACAAAGCAAAAAAAAAAGGUUGGGGUCUAUUAUAUGGAUGCAUGGGCGAGUGGGGAGCCCUUGAAAGCUGCAUGUGAAGCAUUUCAGCAAACGAACCACCAGGGGGCAGUAUUAACUCAUUUUUGAGCAGGCAGCAGUUUUCCCUCUCAGCCUGCUCUCCUCCACUACACCCACUGUGCGGCAUUAGCAACCCUGAUGCAUAUGCAUUUAAAUGAGAAAAAAAGAGGAAAAUAGCUUUCAUGUGAACCUAUUUUAUUAUUAUCAUUACUGAAUUGUUGUUUGUUUUUUGUUGAUGUUCUCAAUCUCAUCUAGCUGGGCUAGAGGUUUAAAUUGUACAUAAAACAUAUCGGUAUUUGGAAAACGACAGAGUUAUGUCUGCUUGUGUGUUAGUUUAUUGAUGCUGCACAAUAUGAUGUGCGUUUUAAGUCAUAGGAUGGUUUGUAAUAUCCUUCAAGUCUUUUUUUUUCAUUUUGUAAAUGUUUCUUUCAUGUUAAAAAAAAUAAGAGGGAUCAUUAAUGUUAUCAACACAGAGGUUUUAUUUGUGUGUGUGUGUGUGUGUGUGUGUGUGUGUGUGUGUGUGUGUGUGUGUGUGUGUGUGUGUGUGUGUGUGUGUGUGUGUGUGUGUGUGUGUGUGUGUGUGUGUGUGUGUGUGUGUGUGUGUGUGUGUGUGUGUGACUGCUGCACAUAAGUAAGCAAGAUCUUUCUCCUCUCAAGGACGAGUACAAUGAAGCACUCUUUGUUAAUGAGUUUUGUGAAUUGUUUUUUGGUUACGGAUUGUGUUUGCAUUUUUGUUUUUGUUUUUGUUUGUUUCUGUUUUGCUUGGAUGUGAAUUAAUAUGUGUGUUCAAGAUGCUCAUAGGAAUAAAAAAUAAGGGCUUUCAAAGUUUAAAAAAAGGUUUUUAUCUUGGAAAAUGUUCUAAUGCUAAUGUAUUGUCACAAUUUAAAUAAAAUUUAUAAGGUAACAUCAA